GGCAAAAGGUUCACUUGUUUGUGCUGGAGGAGAGCAAUGGCUGCGAUCAAUGGUGAUUUGUACAGCAUUGUAUCACUUGUUUAAAAUAUUUAGGUUGGGUAGAAAUGUUUUCUAAUCAUUAAUGUUUUUUUUUAUUCGUUUAUUACCUGCAUUGAGUUGUGACGAAUAGUCUUUUUUUCUGUUUAAGAUCUCGCACAGAAUUAACCGUGUCUGUCGUAGCUACAGAGAAUUUGAACUUGUCAACGUGAUUUACCGAGAAAACAAACGCGUUUAAGUUCUAGCAGAGCUCUGAAAAACGAAAAGUGACUCCUUGCAAGUCGGUUUGGCUUCCUUUGUCACACCAGAAGUUCUGACUAUUUGAAAGGGAAUUCUACAUUUAAAAAUACCAAAUAAAAACCGAAGUAUUUGAUUCCGAAUAAAAGGAUUCCGCUAGACCUGCCCCCACACAGUCAGUGAAGAUGGACGUCAGCGUCUCCGUGUCGUUCUUUCAAGACGAGCUCGCCUCUACCAUCAAGCACGCAGUGAAAACGGCUGUAGACACCGUCUUGUGCCAAAUCACAAAAGUUGUCGGCGGCAAAUUCACUGAAUUCCGAAUGGAAAUGGCUGGAAAGGAGAAAGAGAAUGAAAGUCUGAAGCUGAGAUUGGAAAUAUCAGAGAGCGAGUUGAAAGCACUGCGACAAUGUUUCAGCCCGGCAGAUGCGAACAUUAUACAAGCUCUGUGCAACAUGAACACCGACUCUAAUGAACAAGACGUUCAAAUCAGUGAGAAUCGCGCAUUGUUGACCAGAUUUCAAGAUAUUGAAGAGAGACGCGCUUUCAAUGAAGCAGAGGAGGGGCCAGUGAUAGAAGCUGGACAAGAGGACAUCUUUGAUCAGGAGUGGUGUGGAAGUAUAAUGGAGAUUACAGGGUUAACAAUUGUUGAAAGUAUAGAGGUCCCUGAACUUGAACCUGUCCACAUUACAGCGGAGGCCCUGGAACUGAAGUCUGUUCACAUCACAGAGGAAGUUUCUAAAGAAAAUAAGGUCAAUAUGACGGGGGAGAAUAUAGUUAAGGUGGGAUCUAGCCAUUGUGAUGAUGGUCCACCUAAAUUGGCCUGCAUGAAACACAAUCAGUCUGUCUCUGAAGACACUUGUUCUAGUGUUGGAGAAGAGGGCACUGUGCUGGGGUCCAUUCAGGGGAAACAUCACCCCCCUCAGGAAAGAGCUGCAGAUGGAAAGGAGGAAGGAGCGAUGCCGUCCACGAGCAGCACAGCAUGUACUGAAGUAAAACCGAUGCGAGAAUUGGACAUGGAACCUGUUCACAGUAAUGAGGAGGCUACUGAACUGGAACCUGUCCACAUUAAAGACAAACUAAACUACUGUAAUCCAUGUGGGAAGAGUUUCACUCUAUUAAGAAACUUUAAAAAACACCAGCUAAUGCACAAAGGAGAGAAACCAUACAACUGUAAUGAAUGUGGGAGAAGCUUCACUCAGUUAGGAAACCUUAAAAUACACAAGCGAUUUCACACAGGAGAGAAACCAAACCAUUGCAAUGAAUGUGAGAAGACCUUCACGAAAUUACAAUGUCUUAAACACCAGCAAACUCACCCAGGAGAGAAAUCGUUCCAUUGUACUGAAUGUGAGAAGACUUUCAGCGACUCAGGAAAUCUUAAAAAACACAACCAAACUCAUACAGGAGAGAAGCCCUACGACUGUAUUGAAUGUGGGAAAAGAUUUAUACAGUUAGGACACCUCAAAAAACACCAGCAAAUUCACUUGGGAGAUAAACCAUAUCACUGUACUGAAUGUGUGAGGCGUUUCAAGUAUUUAAAGAGCUUUAAAAAGCACCAGCGAAAUCACACAGCAGAAACAAGCUAACUAAAUGUGGGAAGAGGUUAACUCCUUUGCAGCUUCCAUCGGCUGUGUUUGAUUCCCGUAGUGGCAGCGUGGCAGAAAUCCUAAACCAACGUGUUGGCAAUUAAAAAUAUCAUUGAAGUCGCCGCUCUGGCUCUUAAUAAUUGAGUGAUGUCAUUAUGUGAAUUUCAGAAAGGAAACUGCAUUUCCCAGGUACGCACUGUGCUGAAAACCAAGGAUACAAGCGUGCUUAGAUAAACCAGUGCAAGGGUAGCAGGCUGUGAUUGGCUCAGGAUUUUGUAUGUUAUGGACAGUGAGCUUAGUCAAGUGGUUUCAGUGAGUUGUGCUUGGAGUGUUCUUGACUUUUCCUAAAUACAUGUAUUAAAUACCCUGACAGCGUUUGAAAGGCAGGAUCACAAAAAUAAGGAAGUUAUAAUCCCGCCCACCUAGAACCACCACAGCAGUUAUUGUGACUGCCUUUACAAUACAUGUUUUUAUUUUGAAUAUAACCUACAAUAUUCUAUUUUAUUUAGAUAGACAGGCCUGUUAUCUCUACUGGACCUGGCAGCCAGCAAUUCUUUCGUUUUGUACAAGGAAUGCACCAGGGAAAAUAUCAGUAUGAGAGAUUUCAUCUUGGAGCUAGCCACAGUGCUUCGGCAGAAACAUUUCAACCAGAAAACUGCAAAGCAGCAGGGAAACGCAGCUCAACCUGGAUUCAGUGCUACACAGAGUGACACACACAGAGAAAACAUGUUACUUUAGUUUUAAAUUUAAAACUACUUUCGUUUUUACAGUUUUGUAUGUACAUAUACCUGUUCACACAGUUUUUUUUUUUAAAUAAAUGUUUAUUUUAAAUGCUGGGACAAAUAUCCUAAUAUUCGAAUGACUAUUUUUUGACAUUUAUUCGGAUACAAAAAUGAGAUGUUCAUAUUCGCUACAAACGACAAAAAUACCUUGCACUUAUUUACCGCAUCACCAGAAUUUGCACGACUGUUUAAAAAAAUGGCAAAUGAAAAACAGCUAUGUGAUUUUUAAGAUUAUAUACACACACACAUAACAGCAUCAACACAGCAGAUCUUGAGCCUCUAUUUAAAAGAUUUAGACAGCAAAAAGUAAACCAACCAGAUCAUGCGUGCUCACCUUUAGUGAUCUCUAUGGAACGCCAUCUGGGACAAAAAUGCGUUGUGCUGCUUUAGAGCGAGUCAGAAUCUCAUUGGAAAGAAAUGCCUUGAUAAAACAGUACCCAGCGUCUUGAAAAUGCUGUGUAGUGAUUUUUAUAUAGACUGGGUAUGUUUGUGGCAAAGUAAUUUAUAGGGCAGUGGUGAUGCGGUGCUCAGGAAUGAUAGACACAAGCAGCUCUUUAUUUGCUGACAAAUAAUAAUACCUGGCUCUACACAACGAUGUGUAUCGCUCAGGCAAACCACGGGGUUCAGUCCCGAAAAAAUACACUAAACAAGACGCACAGAAACACAACACAGUCACAAGUCCAGAGUCAGUGCUCUUAGUGAAGGUGGUGAUUUACAGGUUUAUUCGUGUAGAAUGGUGCAGUGGAGUCUGGGUUUAAUUGCUGGCGGUUUAGGUUAGACUUCUAUAAUGACAAGCACAGACAUUUAGAAACAAACAACACACUUAACACUCACGAUUCACAAAUUGGUCACUUCCUUUCUCGGUCCAAGUGGUAACCACAUCAAAAUGAACAGAUCACUGGGGCCACUUCCCCUAAAUACCCUCAGUCACUCCCUCUUUCGGUGGCGUGGCCAAUCACGUCUCCUCCAAUCCGUGACUGACACAUCACCUACCGCAUUAAGGAAAUGACUUCUGGUAUCGUGGACCCGCCCCCUUCCUGGAUGGCCGGCUUCCGACUGACCCUGGAAUGAACUGCCGAACCAUCCAUUACGGGGCACUCUGCUCUGAUUAUACAGUGCCCUCACAGAUCGGGAGGGAUUCAUUCGCUCUCUGUCACACUCACAUGUAACGAGGACACAAACUCCCCUCAAGAUCCGGCUUCAGCAUCCAUCGCAGCUGCUCUCCUGCCUUCCUCAGUGUUAUCUGAAACUCCGCCCAGACCAUCAACAUCAUUAGCUUGUGCUCAGUUUCCUCUAGUUUCAAGAUGCCACUUUUGAUGCAUAAAUUCACAAUAAACAGAGACAUGCAAUUUAUUUUUAAUAAGUGAACAAUAAAUUAAAUGUGGGACUAUAUUACACUGCAGAUGUAUACACAAUAUAAGUUUCUGGUUUUGUCUUAUUUUAAAAUGUGUUUUAAUUAUUUAAAUUAUUUGAAUUCCCCCAGAUGACAGGUAGCCAUGUUUAUAAGCGAUGUAAACCACUUCAGGGCAUGCGGUUCCGAUGAUAUAUACCACUUCUGGGGUGGAGAAAGGCCCAGGUGUGGUAUACCACCCCAGGCGUGGUAUAUAUCAUCAUGGGAACCGGACGGCCCGUCGUGGUUUAUACCUUACACAUAUAGAAAUCACUAUCUCUGUCUCCCUGGAUCUCUCAUCAAAACAUCAAAGACCAUCAACACUUAUUGAUUCCUGGUUGGUGUUUCCCUGUGCUGGAGUGAACUCAAAAGACUGCUUGUUUGAAUGCUUCGCUAAGAAAGAAAGUGAACUUCAAGACUGCCUAUUUCUUUCUUUUGGACUAAAGAAACUUCUCUUCAAUUACGUGAAAUCUCUUUGCCAGACUACUCAAUAACAACUACAAGCUUUUCUGCAAAGCUGAUUUCAAAUAACUACACACGCUGUCGUGGUAAAUAUAUAUAGUUCAUAACGUCUUGAUGGUGCCUCCAUAGUAAUAUUAUUUGCAAAUGUAUUAAACUUGUUAAAUGCUUGAUGUAACCUGCUUAAAUAAAUUUAGAAUGUGUUGAUACAAUUAUUAAAUUUAUUUAGCUUAUUUUAAGACAUUUCAUUAUAAAAUAUGCUGUGCAAAUUAACUGUUUAAAUUACUUCUAAGAUUUCUAUAAUCUAGAUGAUUUUAACUAAGUAGAACUUGUUGGGCAUUUAUCAGAAAAAAAUGAAUGAUAUUUUAACUUAAUAUUACAUUUUUGUAAAUAAUUUUAGAACCAUUUGCACCGAUUACAAAUUAAAGAGUUGUUCUUAGUUGAGUCUGUCCCUUUUUAUCUUGUAUGUGAAUGCACUGGUCAAGUGCUUUGAAUGAACCCUGAAUUUAUAACUGAAAGCAUAUUUUUAGUAUUUUUUAUUAAGAAAUUUGAAAUAUAUCCGGAAAGUAUAAUUAAAAUAUAGUUUUAGCAUUUAUGUUAAGAACAUUUUGAAUUAAGUUAAUUUAAAUAUUAACGUGGUAGCCCAAACACUCUAGACUUCUAACUUUUAUCACCACAGGCCGGUCCCUGCGCACACCUGUGUUGGGGCUGUGGACAUCCGGGACACUUGCAGCGCCAGUGCUCAUCAACCACCACCACUUAAACAG